AUGGUGCCCACACCCCAGGUGUGCGUCUCCACCCUGGUCACAGUGAGCACCAUGGCGGUGGUGGACCUCUAUCUGCUGGAGCAAAGCAUGCUGGGAGCUCGCGGGCUGCCGGGGCCCAGCGUGUGGCAGUGCGUGGCCGUGUUGCUGGGCGACGCGGGCUUCCUGAUGGCGCUGCGCUUCGUGUCGGCCGGGGUGGUGUCGGAGGCGCGGUCCCCCCGCCGCGGCUUCGCCAACGCUCUGUGGUUCUUGUUCCUGUCGCUGCUGCAGCUCAAGCUCUUCUUCGUCUGCCACAACUACAGGCAGGAGCGCCGGCCGCCCGACCCGCUCGCCAGGAAGGUCCUGACGCUCCUGCUGUCCAUCUGCCUGCCGUCCCUCUUCCUGAUCCUGACAGGCGCUGACUACAUGACGCCGCAGCGCAGGAAGCAGGAGGUGCGAGGUCGCCUCCUGUGGGUGGUGGUGGAUCUGCUGGACGUGUUGGAUCUGCAAGCCGGGCUGUGGGAAGCCCACGUAGGGUCGGCGGGCCCCGACCAACGGCUGCCCAUUUGGGCCGAGGGCUUGGUUUUCUUUUACUGCUACGCCCUCCUGCUAUUGCUACCGUGCGUGGCGCUCACGGAACUGGGGGCCACCAGCCUGCCGGGACAGAGAGGGCCCCGCAAGGAGGCUUUGUACCCUUGGCUCAGCCUGGUCACCAUCAAUGUUUUCACUCUGGGCCUGAGGGGCGCUGGCAUGCUGUGGUACAGGGACCCCCGGGUCUCCACCGUGUUCCUGGGCAAAAACAUGUUGGCGUUGGCGGUGAAGCUGAGCUCGGCCUGGGAGCGCCACAAGCAGGAGCGCGGUCCGGGCGGGGGCGGGGCGGCGACCGGAAGUCAAACCGAAGAAUCCACGCUGCCCAGUCAGGGCUCGGAGCAGGUGGAGGGCCAGUCUCAAGGCAAAACUUCCUCGGCUCAGUUUCACACGCUGUCUCGCUCGCAAAGCCACGCGCUCUCCCAACUGAGCCCGGGACACACGGAGUCACCCUUGGCACCCUCUUUCAUUUCCCAUGAACUUUAGAUGCACUCGCGCGCACAAAUGUACAGUGUGCAUAAUCUAUGCACAGACGUGGCCAAAAUGCCGACAAGCCAAACAGACGGACACGAUGGAUGUGACGCUUGGAUUUAUGCACACUUGGAGCACCGUGUUCGUUUGUGGACGGAAACAGUGAAUCGACUUUAAACCAGGUCGUUCGAGAAUGAACGUCUAUGUCUCCCCGUGCUCAUUCCUCUGCAAAUUACCGCUGUUAGGCGGAAACCUUGUCGGUCCAAAUGUUUUGAAGGGAAGAACCGUCAAGAACCUUCUUGUCCGGUCAGGGGUCCUAACGCACGGUUUAUUUUGUGACAUGUGAGGAUUCUGACCGAGAGCGAUGAUAUUUUUAGCCUAAGAGCAUAAUUGUCCAAGGCUUUGCCCUCCCCCCAAUGUUUUCAGAAAACUAGAAUAAAGCAAACCAGUUCAUAAAACAAGAAGAGCCCAAUUGUUUGAUGAAUUACGAUCAACUGGAUGAACCUACGCUGAGAAAAACAAAAACAUUUUAACAAGCACAUUGAUCAUUUUUAUUGAUGCGGGUUAAGUUCAAAAUGGCAAUUAUGCUAUUAAGCUAACGCUAAUGAUUUUCUGUGUGUUUUGGUUUUCUAACUUUUAAUGCUUUUUAAACUGUUGGGUAGUUGCAGUCAAAGUACGUAAUUGUGCAGGCAAAGGAACGUCCGCCGCAAUUAACUUAUUUGUCCAGCUAAAAAUCACAUUCUAUCAUGUCUCGUUGCUGAGGGGGAAAAAAAAAAAAGUGUGUUUUGCUAAAUCACUUUGUAUUGUUCGAAUUAAGAAAGAAAAUGAACGUCUUUGCGGAAACGGCAGAAUGAUCUCUUUUUUUAUUUCAGUCGCCGAGUGGGAUGGAGCGUCAGCUUGUUUGAUUGAUCUGUCGGCUAACUACCACGGUGCAGAAAUAAUUUAAGACCUCUCUUCUCAUGCCGUCCACGCAAAGGGACUGUUUCGAAUCGCUCACAAAAUGAGCUUGCUAGCCAUGUCUAUAUUUUUGUUUUGUUGCAAGUCGGUUCCAAUGAUUGGCCAAUGCUUAUUAGAAAUGCGGUCAUUAGGAAUUCAUCAAUCGUUUUUGUAACAGUUCUCACCUAUGUCGGAUUAGACUUCCCAAUUAUCUUUUCUCUGCCACGAAAUAUGACAAGGCGAAAUUCACCACCUAAUCUCUUAUUAUAAUGAUUAUAUUAUCAGUCACUCACGGAUGCUCACUAUUGGCAGUAUAGGACUAAUUUGCGGGGUUGUCAUUUUUGGAAGCAUUACGGCCUACAGCAGUAGAGCGGACGGGGAAGAUCGUCGGCGGUUACCAAGGCCAGACCGUGGUCAGCUCUACGCCUCGAGGACCGA